AUGCAAAACUUGCACUGUGUUAGCUACUCCGGAAGAAGUGUCUUUUCUCGUCCACUGGGCUAUCCAUCUCGCUUACUAUCUUGUAAUCAGGCCACCAAUCUACCCUACCCACUCAUAUCAUGCAGGCACAUAUGCUUGGAGUUAGAAUCAGGCAGAUCUAUGAAUACGGCCCCAUUAUCAGCCUUACUUAUUGGCUAA